AUGGGCAAACCGAGGGAACGCAUUGCCGUCGAGGUAGUCGCUGGAGCUCGUCUUGUGCACGGAGCCACCAGGCUUCCGGCUACCGUAAUAUCUGUAAGUGUUAUCCAUUCCAUUCCCCUCAUUUCUCCAAUUUCCCCCCAACCUUCAGAUCCAAUCGAUCGGAGCUGUUUCGGCCGAAGACAAUGUUCGUCACACGGCCGCCAUCACCGAGUUUUGCGCGAAUGAACUAAGUUUGCCGAAAGAUAAGGUGAAUGAAGAACUAAUCAGCUUACUAUUCCGAAUGUGCAAUUUCCGAAGAGAAGUCACAAGCAGUUGUGCUCAUUUAUCAAACAACAUUCUCUUCUUUCCAGGUCGUUAUCACCUUCCACGAUCUUUCGCCCUCCACAGUUGGGUUCAACGGUACAACUGUCGCUGAAGCAAACAAGGCCUAA